AUGGUGGUUACAGAAAGUCUUCGUACUGUCACCUACAUGCGGAAUAAUGCUGCCACAGGUAAUGGUGGCAGCAAUGGGGCAUUCUUCAGGGUUGUUCUCUUAGUUCAUAGAGAAAAGUAUGAUGAAGCACUUGAAUAUGUCGAAAGAGCAAGGAAGUGUUUGGCAACUGAGCUUGCUGCUUUGCACAUUCGCACGUAUCUACGCGAGCUACUUUCUUUAAUAUCAGAAUUAUGGUCAUCAUUCAGUCUCCCAGCAGCUAAUCGUCCUGUUCAUGGACCCCCCGGUAAAAUCCUUCACCUAGUUGAUCAACUUUGUCUGGCCCUGAAUGAUGAGUUCAGGAGAUAUCUUCCUAUAAUUCUUCUAUCUGGAGAUGGAAAGACUCCACAUUAUAUGAAAGUUGAUCGGGACAAAUGGGCUCAUGAAGAUGAUGAUGCAGGUAUGGUCCUGUUUGCUGACCUUGACAUGGGAGGAAUGGAUUUCUCAAGUGGCCCUGACAUUGACAUGACAACAGAGGAUACAUGGGGCGUCAACUACCAAGCCCUACAAGAUCUGUUUGAAUUAACAGAGGCAAGGAUGGAUGUAAUAAAGUAUGAGGUUGGAGUUCAAAUGAUUGAAAUAUACAAUGAACAAGUCAAAGAUUUACUGAUAAAAGUCAGAUUUGAUUUCCAAUUUGGUGUAUCUCCCAAGAUUCUGGACCCUGUAUAUCUAGGACACGAGUUUCCUCUUCCUCUACAUUUAGCGGAAUCAGAGUCUACCCAGACUUGUGAAAUCCAUGCACACAAAGGUGAUAGGGUGAAAGUUCAUUAUCGGGGGAAACUUACUGAUGGAACUGUUUUCGAUUCCAGCUUUGAAAGGGGUGGCCCAAUUGAAUUCGAAUUUGGUACUGGUCAGGUGAUAAAAGGAUGGGAUCAGGGACUGUUGGGAAUGUGUGUUGGGGAGAAACGUAAGUUGAAGAUACCUUCAAAGCUGGGGUAUAGAGACCAGGGUUCACCACCUACUAUCCCAGUUCUAAAUAUUUGCAUCUGGUUUCAGGGGUUACUCAAGGAAAAUGCAAAUGCUAGCAAAUACUGGGCAUAUAGAGGUGACUUUGAAGAUACACCAAAUGACUUAAAUUUCUGCUUAACUGGUCUCGUAUGGCCUGAUCGGACUCCUCAUCCUGCUGUAAAUGAGACAAUGUAUAAGAAUUACUUCAUUGAGCUCAUUAUGAUGCGAUCCUUUGUUUAUUUGUUUUCAGAGGUCAAGUAUUGCUAUCAACCAAUUAAAAUUUUGUUCACCAAUGGCGUAAUUAAGAUUACAAACACCAAUAUCUUUCAAACAACAUAAGAUCUAGAGUUUAAUUGGGUGAUUGAAGGUGAUGUUGGUUCUUGAAAUGAGAC